AAACACCAUGGAACAAGGCUUCAGUUUAAAUACUCUGAAGAAGCUGGCAGCAGAUCCUGACUACACCGAUGUGUCUCUGCCGGCGGCGGAGCGAGUGCGAGCGCUGGCGAAGAUGGGCUGCAGCGUGGAGAUCAGCGAGGACGUGGCGCCGAGACGCUACCUCCGCUCCGGCGUGGAGAUGGAGCGCAUGGCGGCAGUUUACCACGACGAGGGCAGUCUGGAGAACGCCUACGUGCUCUACACCAAGUUCAUCACUCUGUUUGUAGAGAAGUUGCCGGCUCACAGAGACUACCAGCAGUGCAGCGUCUCCGAGAAGCAGCUCAUCAUGAAGAAACUUCAGGAAGUGGCGUUUCCUCGAAAAGACGAGUUGAAGAAACGUCUUCAGGAGAAAUACAGCAGGGAGCACAGCGAGUACCUCAGAGCCCAGAGCGAGGCGGCCGUGGCGGUGGCGGCGGUGGAGGGGUGUGGCCUGCAGCUGCAGCGGCUCUCCCUAUUGGGCGAGGAGGACAGGAGGCGGGGCCUGCUGCUGGAGCAGGAGCGGCAGCGUGUCGCCGCUCUGAGACGUCUGCAGAUCCAAUCGCAGCAGUUUCAAUACUUCGAGGACCAGCUGAGACGCCAAGAACUGGCCAAUCGGAGAGCAGGGGAGGCGGAGCCAAAGGUGGAGAUCAAAGUGCCUGAGGUGACGGACGGCUCCUGUGUGUCAAAGCAGCCAAUCAGAGAGAGGGUACGACCCCAGGGGGCGGAUCCUAACAGGAACAGACAGCCAGCCCCCGUCAGCCAACCGGCCGCUACGCUGGCUGGAGUACACACUCCCAGGGUGGAGGGAUUAAGGCGCGUGGUGAUCCCCAGAGACCUGACCUACCGGUUCCUGCUGCUGGCCGACUCCAACACCGCCAGAGGGAUAGAGACGUGUGGCGUCCUCUGUGGACGACUGGCCCACGACCAGCUCAUGCUGACUCACGUGGUGAUCCCCAAACAGUCGGCCGGACCGGACUUCUGCGACAUGGAGAACGUGGAGGAACUGUUCAGCUUCCAGGACCAACAGAACCUGCUGACUCUCGGCUGGAUACACACUCAUCCCACUCAGACGGCGUUCCUCUCCAGUGUCGACCUCCACACUCACUGCUCCUAUCAGCUGAUGCUGCCAGAGGCCAUCGCCAUCGUCUGCGCCCCAAAACACAACGACACCGGUGUGUUCAGGCUCACCGGUCCCGGGAUGUCGGAGGUUUCCGGCUGCAGACUCAAAGGUUUCCAUCCUCACUCCAAGGAGCCGCCUCUCUUCAGCGUGUGUAAGCAUGCGGUGGUGAAGGAGUCAAAGGUCAUCCUGCUGGACCUCAGGUGACACGAAGAGAAGAAGAAACUGAACACACUGCCUCUCUCUGUGUGUGUGUGUGUGUGUGUGUGUGUGUGUGUGUGUGUGUGUGUGUGUGUGUGUGUGUGUGUGUGUGUGUGUGUGUGUGUGUGUGUGUGUGUGUGUGUGUGUGUGUGUGUGUGUGUGUGUUUUCUGGAAGUUCUAGAAGUUUUUUUGGUGAUAUUUGUUAGUUUUUGAGAUCAGCUGCUGGCUGCAGAUAGCUAUGAGUCUGAUUUUUUGUGAACAGCUGAUUUCAGCCUCUGGUAUUCUAUCAUAUCAUGUUCUUCUGAAGAUUUUUGAGCUGAUGAAAGAAACCAGCUUGGACUUUUUUCACCGUUUUCUGACAUUUUAUGAAGCCAAGAUAAAUCAGCUGCAGCCCCAAUGUGGUGUGUGUGUGUGUGUGUGUGUGUGUGUGUGUGU